AUGGCCGACGAGUUGCUGGAAAAGGCGCGCGACCUCGUCGAGGGCCAGAUUGACUUCGAUGGCCAGCGUCUUGCGGAGCUCUUGACCACCGCGCUGCUCACUACCGCCGGCAUUGUCGCCUUUGUCGUCGGCUACUCCACCCAGGACAUCGCCCUUGCCCUGCGGAUCCUUCUCGGCGGUGCCGCUCUUACCUUCGUCGCCGUUGUUCCGCCUUGGCCCUUCUUCAACAAGAACCCUGUCGACUGGCAGCCUCCGCAAUCGGCUGGUCUGGGCGGCGUUGAGAUCGAAGUGACAUGA